AUGGCUAGAGGCAAAGAUGAGGAUAGUGAGAAGGCCAAGGGUAAGAGAGUGUUUCAUUCACAAAGACCUGGGCUACAGGUGCUGGAGCUGGCAGGUAAUACUUUCAAGGAUCUCAGAGCAAAGACGUUCACUCAACAUUACUUGGAGCUUGCAAUCCGUGAUAAUGAAGAGUUAGAGUCUCUAAUCAAGGCUACCAUAGCUGGGGGUGGUUGGAUUCCUCACAUCCACAAGCGUCUGUUUGGAAAAAAAGGGACAGCCCAAAACUUCCCUCUUCCUCCUGGUCAUUGA